UACAAAUCAGUUUUCCUUGCAGUUGGAGAUCAUAGUGAAUAAUGACUGGGUUGUUUAAGAAAGCAUGACCAGUUUGAGAAGGAGGUUCCUGCCACUCUGACAUUUUCACAGUAUAAUUUAUUGCAUGCAGCAUAUAAAACUGUGGUUACCAGGUCUUAUUGCCAAGCUUAGUGGUGGAGAAUCUCUUGAAAAGACCACAUCACAGCACUGGCAGACCUUGCCCUUGUAAAAGGCAUUUGAAUUCCUGAAAUCUUGCUAUGUUUUUGAGUAAAAUGGCCUGCAAGGAUUUCUCCUAUUCGUGUCUUCUGGCUUUUCUUCUGUUUCUUCGCUUUUGUUUGUGCCAAGAUGAAUACAUGGAGGUGAGCAGAAGAUCUAGCAAUCCGGUGGCAAAAGUAUUGCAAAGUCACCAUCAGACUGGCCACAAAGGUUCCAGCAGCAGGGAAUUAUUGAGACAGCGGAGUCGGCUUGUUGAGUGGACGGUUGAGGAUGAUGAUGAUGGUAAUAGUCCUUCUACUGACCAAAAUGCCUUGAAACUAGAGGUAGAUGAUGUAGCACAAGCUACCUCAAAUAGAGUCCAGACUACACAGAGUGGACCUCAAAGCCCACCUGAAUGUGGUUGUAGAGGGGAUUUUGGAUACCGAACUUAUCAGGGCCCCCCAGGUCCUCCUGGAAUGCCAGGAAAUCAUGGAAACAAUGGAAAUAAUGGAGCACCCGGUGUUGAAGGAACAAAAGGUGACAAAGGUGACAAGGGGGACAUGGGACCCCGAGGAGAGCGGGGCAACCAUGGACCCAAAGGAGAGAAGGGUUACCCUGGCAUCCCACCAGAACUUCAGGUUGCAUUCAUGGCUUCAAUGGCAACCCACUUCAGUAAUCAGAACAGUGGAAUUAUCUUCAGUAGUGUUGAAACCAACGUUGGCAAUUUUUUUGAUGUAAUGACUGGCCGGUUUGGUGCCCCAGUGAAUGGGGUAUAUUUCUUCACCUUCAAUAUGAUGAAGCAUGAGGACGUUGAAGAAGUUUAUGUUUACCUAAUGCAUAACGGCAAUACAGUUUUCAGCUUAUACAGCUAUGAAUCAAAAGGAAAAGCAGACUCAUCAAGCAACAGUGCUGUGCUUAAACUCGCCAAGGGAGAUGAAGUUUGGCUGCGGAUGGGCAAUGGGGCACUUCAUGGAGAUCACCAGCGCUUUUCUACUUUUGCAGGAUUCCUUCUUUUUGAGACCAAGUAGAUGAUUCCGAAAUAUGGUUUCCUAAAGCAGAAACUGCUAUUUGUUUUCUAGAUUCCUUAGAACAACAUAGCCUUAUGCUAACACCACAGGGCCUUUAUAGGCCCCGACGUUUUGGUAUCUAUGGAACACAGUAAGAAAAGUUGGUCCAAAUUGAUUAUAUCCUCUGAUACAGAGUUUUCAUGUGAUUUAGGAUCACCACAUCUUGAUCUGGUCCUCAUACACUUAAGUAGUUACUAAGCACCUAUUACAGAGAAUUUAACAGGCCGUUAAACAUUGUCCCACUGCAGAGAUUACUAUGAGGCCUCAUUCAUAUGGAUUUCUUGCAAGUAUAGGCAUAUAGAGUGAUUUUUUCCCCUGAAAUUAAUUAAAAGUGGCUUAAUUGGGACAAAUGUAUCAAAGACCAACCAACCAUUUGUCAGUUUGCUUGGGUUUUUUUUAACCUUUUGUACAUGUCCAUUAUCAAUUUAUAAUGACCAUUUAUUUGAAUAGUUGAGACAGUUUUAAAAGAUAACUUCUCAACAUUAAAAUUAUUGCUAGCUUGAACAUGAAGCUGCAUCUUAGGGGGAAAAUAUGUUAGAUCUUUCUAUAAUUUAUCAAAUCUUGAUUUUCACUCUCUGAGUGAUUACAAGUAGGUUUAGCUGAAUGAGAAAUAGUAAUCCUAAGGUGGUAGUGGAAAACUGCAAGAGAGCCACCAUUUCUCAAGUAUUGGUGGCAGCAGUCAAAGGGGAAAGGGAAGGCUGAAUGUCCAUUUCUGCACAUCUCCUGUUUCGGCCUUUGGAGGUGUUUCCCUUUCUUUUUGGUCCUAAUGGAAGGAAAAUAAAUGUAUGGGCGGUGUACUUUUUUGUCCUUUUGUGGCAUGAUGCGUAUGAGGGUGGUGGGGAAAGGGAGCUUUAGAGCUGGCAGGUUCAAGGCCUCUCCCAAUCUGUUCCCAAUACAGCACUUUUAACCCCUGGUAUUACAGAUAACAGGGGGGGGGCUCCCAUGUGCAUAAAUGCUUCCUCUUUUGUUAUCAGUGAAGUUCCUGUCCUCUGAAGAUGCCAGCCACAGAGACUGGCGAAACGUCAGGAAGAACAAUCUUCAGAACACUGCCAAAGAGCCCGAAAAACCCAGAACAACCAUUCCUUUCUCUUGCUACGGUACUUUGCCCAUAGCUGGCUUGUGACCAAAAAAGGGUUUCCCUCCCCUGAAACUCCAACUUUAAGACCCCAAAACCCCUGAAGAAGGCCACCAGAUGGACUACAGUAUAAGACUGCAUGCUCCUGGUUGGAAUGGUUAAGUACCGUGUUUCCCUGAAAAUAAGACAAGGUCUUAUAUUAAUUUUUG